CGAACUACAGUCAAUUAGCACGUCCGCUACUAGUUCUGAUGCAGUUUUACUAUUGCCAGACAGAUGAGGGACUCAUGAUCUUGGAGAAGCAGCCCAUUGCAGGCUCUACGAAACUGGCCAGAGGAUAUAUCAUGGGCAAGAGCAACGAGGACUGGCAGAUCAUCCCUACGGCAGACGCUCUCCCCUUCCAGUUCCGGGUAAGAUACUCGGCCACCAAAGAUAUCCAUCCUCAUGGCGGCCCCUACGUACACGCGACCACCGUUGUUGCCGGCUUCUUAUGCGAUUUACUCUGUUGCCCGCUGACCUCGGACGAAGGUUGGCUCAAGCUCAUUCUUUCUGUGUCACCUCGACUUAACGAGACGUUCGAGGGAAUAAAGGUGAUUGCCAACAUGGUUCUUCUCGACAAGACCGGGUCGCCAUCUUAUUCAGGGGUGGAUGAGGGCACCCUUGCAGACGGCUUCAGGCUGAGCGUCAGGAGGGAACACCUGGAGAAAAACUGUGUGGUGGACGGCUACUUCGUGGCACAAUGCUCUGUGGCCAUCAUCAAGGACUGGCCUCCUCCGCCUCACACGAUUAUCCCGGACCUGUGCCACGAUCUUGCCAAAAUGUGGAACCAACAAGACCUCACCGACGUCAGCUUCAGCGUCGACGGCGUGACCUUCAGCGCGCAUCGCCUUGUGCUGGCAGCCCGAUCGCCGGUGUUCAGAGCGGAGCUCUACGGCCAGAUGGCCGAGAGCAAGAUGGCCUCCAUUGCAAUCCAAGACAUGAGGGCGUCGACAUUCGCGUCCAUGCUCCAUUACAUGUAUCAUGAUUCCUUGCCCUCUCCUGACGAUGAGUUUUUCACCAGCCAUGACAUCCAGCAUCUGCUUGUAGCCGCCGACAGGUAUGGGCUAGAGAUGUUACAGCAAGCUUGCGAGGAGAGGCUAUGCUUUCGUAUUGCCGUCGACACGGUCUGCUCAACCUUGGAGCUGGCGGAGGAGAACACUUAUCCCAGGCUGAAAUCUAGGUGCCUUGAUUUCCUCACCGAUGCUAAAAUUCUAAGUAUGGUGGCCACCCCCGAUGAGUACAUCCAUCUGGCGCACAGUUUUCCUUCUUUGUUUGUCGAGGUGAGGGAGAGGUUCAAAGAAAAAUGUGAAGGACAGAGGUGGUUUCCAAUUAAGUCACCUGUUGUGAAGAAAAGAAAAAGACAUGGUAGAUGAACUGUAAUCUGUUUAGAAUAUCGAUUUAUCAUUUGGUUAGCACUACUGAAGCAAAAUAUAAC